UGCUCGGCGAUUCGAGCUGCAGUCAUAAACCGUCGGUCGUAAGCACAGGUCGGAAAUCAACGAUUGGUCCGCGGUUCGGAAAGUGUUUAACAAUAAUUCUCUAUCUCUGAAAUUCAUAAACUCAAAGUGAAAGAUCAAACAGAGACUUGCUAAUUUGGAAAUGAAGCAGUUCAUCUUGAUACUCGCGCUCGCUGCGCUGAUUGGACACAGCCGAGCCCAGGGCAACCAACGGAAUUGUGCAGCAAAUGGAGGCUAUUGCUUGACCCACAACGAGUGUUGCUCGGGCAGUUGCUUGAGUUUCUCGUACAAAUGCGUCCCCACGCCACCGGGUGCCAUCGUCGGAACUACCUUCGUUCCCGUCACGGUUGCUAACCGCUUCGGCAAUGAUGGAGGAGCAAGUUUCACGCAAAAAACCUGUGCCCUUAAUGGCGAAUAUUGUCAAAUUGGCAUCGAGUGCUGUUCGGGCAGUUGCCUGACUUCCUCGUUCAAAUGUAUUCCGGGAAGUGGGACCGCCAGCAGUCAACGGCCAGCUGCCACAGCGGAUGUCGGAAAUCGAGUCGGAGAAGACCAGAGCACUAGUGCAUUGCCACCAGUGACCAGCACAGUGUCCUCGGCACCUCCACGGUGUGCCGCGCUGGGUGAAUAUUGUCUCAACUCGGCUGAUUGCUGUUCGGGAUCCUGCCUCAGCUUCUCGUACAAAUGCGUCACUAAUCCGCAAAUAGACGUGGGCCAAUCGCAGCCGGUUCAACCUGUCGCUUCUUCGGCGGCAACAACCACAAUCCCAGGAGGUGUGACAAAUCGGCUCGACGUCGCUUCCCCAACAACGCCCCCGAAAAGUUGCGCCGCAAUUGGCGAAUAUUGCCUCACUGCAUCCGACUGUUGCUCUAGGAGCUGCCUGAGCUUUUCGUACAAAUGUGUGCAAAACUACAACCUCGCCGACCAGCAGAUUACUCAAUCGGGAAUCCCAGUUCAGUUGCCCGCCAGCAGCAGCAAUGCCAAUGCCAUCGAUACGGCCAACCGCUUCGGUGGUGGAUCCGGAACUCAAUGCAGAAAUAAUGGAUUAUACUGUUUCCACAACGGUGAGUGCUGCUCGGGUGCCUGUCACAACUCAUUCUGCAAGACGGAAAUCAAGCUGGGAACUCCAGAGUCAGAGCUCACCAGACCAUCCAUUGCCGGUGGACCGUACGUUCAAGUAAACAAUUUAGAUGAGUUGAUAACGCGCUUUGGGGGUGGCAGUGACUCCAGUCCCAGUGCCUCAUUGAGACAGCACCAGGCUGCGCUUAUCGGGGCUCGUAGCACGGCCGGAAAACAGUGCGCCGUUGUGGGCGAAGGGUGCUCGCGGCAAGAGGAUUGCUGCUCCCAGCGAUGCCACUCGUAUCGACGCAAGUGUGUGACUUAAAGCUUAGUGGACCAGGAGAAUGGUGAAGCCAGGGGGAAGUGGGGGAUUCCCUCAUCCCACACGGAUGCGCUAGCAAGGCAACACAGGAGGAGAGGGUGAAAACCGAUUUUACAGUUUCAUAAAUGCCCAUCACCACUGUUUACAUCGACCGCUGCCGCCGUUGUUGUUUUUUUACUUAUAUUUCCCAGUGCCUUUUUUAUUUCAUUCGUUUCAAUCAACAUUUAUUGAACAUAUAUAGCUGUGAUGAUAGAUGAUCCUCGGAUGAUAUUUGUUUAGGACGAGAUAGCCCGAGUCGGAGUGAGUGAGCGUAGAUAAGAACCGAGUGAGAGAGACAAAAUAAAAAAAUUAUGAAUAAAUCAAA